CACGGGCGCAAACUUAGUGAGAUAGACGCAAAGUGUUUGAGCGGCAUUCUGUGUUGUUACGGCUAACUAGCAUAUCUUAGCUUGCUAGUUUAGCGUUACGUUUGAUUCGCGGCACUGGCAUUCAGCAAUUUGAGCACCUAUUUUCUGAUACGUCAACACGAACGAGCGUCGUGUGGACUCAAAAAUAUAUUCCGGAUUUCACCGUGGAUUCUUAAUACUCCAUGAUGGACUCUGACUGUUUAAACAUCGAAGAUAUUGUGAUGGGACGGAGUCUGCCCAAUCCCCCGCCACAGACCGCUCCCGAAAAACCAGUGGAGCCAUUCAAGCGCCCCAUCAGUCUGAAUGGACCUCUCGCACCCACCGCCCAACCCUACCAGCAUGAGAAUCUGCAGUGUUUCCAGUGCUUCAUCACCUUCUGCAAUGCCAAAGCCAAGGAGCGACACAUGAAGAAGAGCCACCGGGAAGAGUACAAGCAACAACUUCAGCAGGGAAACACGCUGUUUACGUGCUACGUGUGCGACCGCACGUUUUUAUCAUCGGAGGAGCUGACGCUGCACCAGCCGACACACAGCAAGGAUGACAAGCCCUUCAAAUGUGCCCACUGCAAGGAGAGCUUCAGAACAUUCACCGAACUCACAACACACAGAAGGCACGUGUGUCCGGAGAAGCAGCUGCCGUGCAAAGAUUGCAACGAAACCUUCAGGAGCGCGGCGAUGCUGCGUACGCAUCGCCUGGCCCACCACCCUCGCCCCGAGGCCGAGCCCACCGAGCAGCCGGAGGAGACCGCCAAAAGCCACCGCUGCAGGAAGUGCGGCCAGGGGUUCGACAGCGAGUCGGAGCUGAGCGAACACGAGCGGAAGUACCCCGAAGGCCAGCAGUGCGACGGCGGCGAACCGCCGGCGAAGAAGCGCGGGCGGCAAGCCAAGGUCGAGGAGGGAGCGGGCGCGGAGAAAAGAGGAAAGCGAAAGAAGAAAGACGAGGCCGGCGAGGAGGAGGAGGUGGCCGACACCGAGCCGCAGGCGGCCCCGGCGGAGGAAAAAGCAAAAGCGGGCGGCGCAAGGCGAGGUCGCCCUCCUAAAACGGCAGCCGUCAAGUGUGAAGCAGCAGAUAAAGAAACCCCCGCGGCUGACAGCGACGAGGCAGCAAAGGAGACGAAAGUCAAAGCCGAGGCGACGGCGACACGGCAACACGCGUGUCCCGAAUGUGAGCUCUCCUUCCCCAGCGCGCUGCAGCUGCGCGUCCACAAGAAGGAGAAGCACACGGUCCGAAAGGCCCACCCGUGCGCCGAGUGCGACGAGAGCUUUGGCCGGCCCGAGCAGCUGGAGGCGCACACGUCCCGCGCCCACGCCGUCGGCCGCUUCGCCUGCCCCACCUGCGGCAAGAGCUUCGGCCGCGAGCGCACGCUGAAGGCCCACCAGAAGAGUCACCCCGAAGAUCGGCCGGAGUCCCCCAAAAGAUAAUCGCGUCCUCGUUCUCAAGCUGGUGACGUUUUUGACAAAUGGCAUUGUAGGAGGUUUACAUGGGAGAUCUCAUUGACUAGCAAAAUGUUUUCCUUACUGGUAACUAAACAAUAGAUAAUUUGUAAAAAAACAAAAAAAAAAAAAACAAAAAAAAACAUAGCUUUGAUUCAAUUUUUAAAAGAUUUUUUUUUUAUGUAAUGUGUGGUGUGAAUUCUAUUUUUUCCCUGUUAAAAAAUUUGAAGUGCAUAUUUUGUAAGCUAUUAGAUGCCACAUUUUAAAUGUUUGACAAAAUAAUGUACAGCCUCUGGUUCGUUUUUUUUUUUUUUUUUUACACCUAAUAUUUUGAUCAUCUAAAUUAACAUGCCUACAUUUUUUAAAUAGACUUUUUUUUUUUUUUUUCCUGGAGAACUCUUCAUUGUAGACAAUUGAUCGACUAUAAUCAUGAUUUCUAAAGAGCGCUCCUUUCCUUUGUCACCAAGAUGAAUUGUCAUAUACAUUUCGUGAAUGGAACUUAUGGCUACAGAGUCUCACAGUAAAUAAUGUAUAUUAAAUGUC